CACUCCGGUAAGACGCGCUCACGCGUGUUUUAUUGUUCUUGUCCUUGCGAUAUUUCACAAUGUCACUAUUUUGAUGUUCAUCUUUUGGUGGGGAGAAGCACACCUGACUGGAUUUCAAGUCAUCGGGGUGAGGCUGCAAACCGAGUGAGACUUUGUCCUCCUCCGCCAGGGAGCCGACAUGACGUCCAAGAUGGUCGUCAAGCAGCCUCAGCCCGUCAUGGUCCACCAAGACUCCAACGAGUGGGGCAGCGGCAUCUGCGACUGCUGCGACGACGUGCCCAUGUGCUGCUGCGCCUUCUGGUGCUUGCCUUGCUUCGCCUGCAUGACGGCCAAGAAAUACGGCGAGUGCCUCUGCCUCCCCUUGGUGGACGUCCUGCUCAGCCCCUUCGUCCCUCCCGUCACCAUGUCCACCAGGGUGUCCAUGCGCCAGCUCUACGGCAUCCGGGGCUCCAUGUUCAACGACUGCGUGUGCGCCACCUUCUGCGCGGCGUGCGUUUGGUGCCAAAUGGCGCGCGAGAUGAAAGCGCGGGCCAUCGAAAUCGUGCUGGUGAACAAACAUACUAAGACCUUGGCCUAACGGCAUAACGCUCCUUUUCACACUUUGGAGGGGGGUCGUUGGAGGGGGUGGGGGGGUGUCACACGUUUGUAAAACGCACGCAAACAAUAUUGACACAUAUCCAGUGCCAUUUUUCUUUCUGUCGAACAGGCUAAUGGCUUAUCAAUUCAUUUUCGAUGGGGAAGAUUGAUUUUUCGGGAUGGGCGCCAUGUGUCGCGGGACAUUUUUCUUUUCUCGAGGCAAACUUUACUAAUGAACUCCCAAACACUGCCGAUGUGUACGACGAGCCGCGAUCAUUCAAUCAUUUGGAUUGGAAUUCUGAUUUCUGGAGAUAACAAAGCUAAUCUGCUCACUGGCACCCCCUUGAGGAUUGUAAAGGGACCGCAGGAGAAAAUGUAUCCGUGCCUCUUGAAUCUUGCAAAUUGUUUCUGGAAUAAUUGAAUGAAGGACAUCGCACAGUCUUUGGUCAUUUUGAAAAGUUGAUUUUCAUGAUUGAUUUGGUCAUUUUUCAUUCAGUUACUACGCUCAUGGUUUUGAUGUUCAUGUUGCAUCUCAAUAUUUAUCUUAUAACGAUACAAUAUAAAUAUAUAAAACGGAAAGUUGAUUUUUGUUUUUUGAUUCAAACUUUUUUUUCAAAAUAAAACAAAGUAAAUCAUU